AUGAGCCCAGAGGAGGAGCCAGAGCAUCAGACACCGCCCACCUGCGAUCUGCUCGGCCUUCUGCUGAAGAACAGACGGCCCACUGGAGCUGUCAACGAGGUGUGGCCCAACCUCUACAUCGGAGAUGCGGCUACCGCUCAGCAUAAAUCCCUGUUAGUGGAUCUGGGAAUCACGCAUGUGGUGAAUGCUGCAGAUGGCCCCCAGCACAUUGACACUGGGCCACAUUUCUACAAAGACACCAGCAUACGGUAUCAUGGAGUAGAAGCAACAGACUGUAAAGAAUUUGACUUGAGCCCAUUCUUCACUGAGACGGCUGAUUUCAUCCACGCUGCUCUGAAGCUGAGAGGUAAGGUGCUCGUCCACUGUGCACGAGGAAUCAGCCGCUCGGCGACUCUGGCACUGGCCUUCCUUAUGAUCAGAGAAGGACUUUCCCUCGUUGAGGCUGACUGCUUCACAACAAGCUGCCAGAAUGCUAAAAGCAAAGUUCACAAGUGGGAAAACAAAGGACUUCAAUCUCUCGGUGAGUGGUUCUGGAGAUGCAUGUGA